AUUCUUCACUAUUCCCGUUUGCUGUACCGCUGUCCCCGUUUUCCUAGAGAGAGAAGUUCAGAGAGAGAGAGAGAGGUUUUGGUCAUCCCUAAAGCUAUGGCGUUCUUGUCAUUCCUGGGCAGGCUUCUCUUUGUCUCCGUCUUCAUUCUCUCGGCUUAUCAAGAGUUUAAUGAAUUCGGGACUGAUGGCGGGCCAGCAGCAAAGACAUUGAGGCCGAAGUUCAAUGCUUUCAUUAAGCAUGUCACAGCACAAACUGGAUUCCAAGUUCCCCACGUUGAGAUGAAACAUCUCGCUUUGGGCCUUAUCGUUAUGAAGGGGCUUGGAAGCCUUCUGUUCGUCUUUGGCAGCUCUCUCGGAGCUUAUAUCCUGCUUUUGCACCAGGCAAUUGUUACCCCGAUCCUGUACGACUUCUACAACUACGAGGCUGACAAGAAAGAAUUCGCUCAGCUUUUCAUCAAGUUCUCACAGGGUCUGCAGCUGCUGGGAGGGCUGCUGUUUUUCAUUGGCAUGAAAAACUCCAUGCCCAGGAGAACAGCAAAGAAGAAGGCUUCAAAGGCAAAAAUCAACUGAGAGAGGGAAAGAAGAGGACAUAGUUUCAGUUUUUUGAUGUGCACUAAUUUUAAAAAAAAUUCCAGUUGUACGGGACACCAUAUAUCUUUGUAAGCUUUGUAUUUUUGGUACUUGGGGACUUUUAGGGAAUGUGAUUUACAACUUUGUUUUUGGUGGAAUUAUAAUUUUAUUAUUAUUUUUUGCA